AUGGCCUACAAAUGGGUGCAGUCAUCGGCCUACGCCUCGGUGCCGCCAAACGCAGUUGUGGGCGGCAAUGACGAAGACGGCGCCAUGAUCUAUGUGGGCAGGGCGGAGCACGAGGGCGACAUGCUCGUGUGCAAGGUUGUCCCCUCAAAGCAGAUCGGUUUCAUCUCGCAGCGUGGCGAGGCGCUGCCCAAGGACAUCUUCGAGAUGCUGUGCGGCGACAAUCUGGCCUGGAUCAAGUGCUACGAUCACGUGAUACCCGAGAAUGCGGUUCUGUGUGGACGCACCUCGCUGGAGCAGCCGGUGUACAUUGGACGCGGACACUACGAGGGACAUCUGAUCAUUGGCAAGAUCUCGUCGGUGCAUCGAGCGCUCUUCAUUGCGUAUCGUGGCGCUGAGCGUCGCUUGGAUUCCUAUGAGAUUCUGGUGGAGGAGCAGCGUCAAGUGCCGGGCUGGCAAUUGCCACCACCUCCACCACUAUCCCCUCAGCUGGAGAAGUGUCCACUGACGCCGCCACCACCGCCACCUCCAGCAGCAGUCGCAGCAGCAGCUCCGCCACCAAUCGGAUUGAAGCCUUAUCCCUAUCCGCCAGCUUACGACGCACCUCCACUUUCUCUUCACGAUCGUCCACCUCAGUACACGCCCACUCCCAUGGCCCAGGCCAUGGGCAUGCCCAUGCCCACUCCACUGGCCAGCACCGAUCCUUAUCCACCGCCUACACCUUCCAUACUGCCCUCCUAUCAACAGCCCGUGGGCGUGGCACUGCCGCUUCCUCCCAAGCCAGCGCUGCCGCCUUCCUACGCUCCAGCGGAGACAGCUGGCCCCGCCUACAGCUCCUCCUCGUCGUCCUCUUCGUCGUGCUCCUCCUUGGGCGCUGCUGGUUAUAUGCCCGCAGAUACCUACAAGCCACCAAUGGGCGCCUAUGCCCCCGCCGAUACCUACAAGCCACCACUCGAUCCCUAUGGACCCAGUUGCUCCAGUUACACGCCAGCUCAAGUGGCGCCAGCUGCCAACUAUGGCGCUGGCUCAACGCAUGGCCAACUCUACGAUGUCUGGCUGCCCGCUAGUCCCGGCUACACGCCUCCGGAUGCGGUGCAUGGUGGCCACGACAGCGACAUGGCUCCGCUGUUGGUUUGUCGUGGAUACUUCGAUGGUCGUCACAUUCCGGGCAAGGCGGCGCCAAGUCGCGGCUGUGCUUACAUUACGGAUGCGGGUCGCGAACUCAUCGAGUCCAACUAUGAGGUGCUCGUGGGCCAGGGGAAAUACCAUUGGGUGCAUCGGGCUGAGGGAAGCAUUGCUCCUGGAGCUGUGGAGGCGGGACGCGCCUUCAACGGGGAGCCUCUCUUUGUGGGCAGAGCUCGCUAUUGUGGCAGCCUGACGCCGGGCAAGGUGCAACAAUCGCAUCGCUGCAUUCACAUUCCUUAUGGCGGACAGGAGGUGGGCAUCAGCAGCUAUGAGAUUUUGGUGCGCAGCGAGAUCUUCCAUCGUCAGCAGGCCGUCAACCUUUCGUACUAG